AUGAAAACCAGACAGACAUUUUAAUUAUUCGACAAUGUCGGUGCGAAUUCCUGACAUCGAUAGAAACGAAAUUAAUCUUGUAUGAAAUUUACUCAGUUUAUUUUUUAAAUUAAGAAGUUCCAUGGAUGUUCAACCAAUAAGCGCAUUAAAGGUAUUUUAUUUGUUAUAACGUGGGUCGAUUUUUUGUUCACAAUAAUAAAUUAAGAAUCAUUAUAUUUCCCCUUCAUCUAAAUUAAGCACAUUUCUUUAAAACAUAAUUUUUGUUGAAGGGCAUUGCAAAUUGAGGAAUUAAAUACCAACUUAAGAAUUUAUGCCCAUUUUGCGGAAGCAUGGGUUAGUAUUUCCUUCAUAUAACAAGGAAAAUAAGAUACCCACAUAUUAAUGCGCUGAAGUAUGUAAUGAACUUUCCCAGGACAUUUUUCCAUAUGAUAUCAAAGUACAAUAACCAGGUUCAUUUUGUUUAUUUUGGAGAUCGAGCUCAUAAUCUUUAUUUUAAAAAUCAUCUAAUUCCGAAAUGUUCCUGAAGCUCGUUUGCUUAGUUUUUAUUGGAGGUGCAUGGACGCUGGGUAAGUUAACAUCUAUGUUGGGUCAUAAACUUGAUAUUCUUAAUUUCCAUGUAAGUAAGACAAUUUUUUAUACAUUUUCAAUUCCGUAUUUUACAGAAGACAAGACAUUUGCUCAUACCGGAAGCAUCUUUUGUUUUGACUUUGUCGCUAAAGUUUCUACAGGCAGCAAUUGCAGUGUUACCAAAGAUAGCACCAAAACAAUAUUAUUCUACGACAGUGAUAACCAUAAUGUGACCGAAGAACCAGAAUACCUGGGCAGGGUAGUGAACGCCACUUUUGAAGGGUCCGGAAGUAUCCAGUUUUGCCUUCAAGGUCUGACCCAAACAGACAGUGGGACCUACACAAAUAACUGUAGUAGUAGGAGUGGAAUACCUCUAACAGUGAUAGAUCUCAUUUCUGAUGUGACAAUAGAACAACCUUUUACCAAGCCUGCCAUUGCUGGAAACAAUUAUUCUCUGCGGUGUACCGUUGCACCUCCAACAGCAAAUGUCAUUAACAUAUCGUGGUUGUUUGUCAACAACUUGACACAAAUUGUUGAAAAUGAUAAUUUUAAGUUUCGCGGCGAUAAGAGGGAAGUUUUUGAAAUUCUAGAUGUAAAGCAGUCGUUCAUGUCUGCCCAUUUUAUGUGCUCCGCUAUCAGUGUUCUUGGUCAGAAAAAGGAUAGUCAGCAAUACUCCCUUUACAUUGUAGUUAAACCAGAAGUUCAACUCAAUGAAAAAACAAUCAGCGCUGUAAUUGGACAGCCUUUCUUCACGGACUGUCGAGCCACUGGGUUUCCCUCUCCAAGUGUUCAAUGGACCAAAAAUAACACAGUAGUUCCACAGAUUCAAGUGUCUGAUUCUUAUUCUAUCCUUGUUAUUCAAAACGUCACUUCUGUUACAAAUGCCAUUUACACAUGCUUGGCAAAUGUGUCCUAUGGAAGUUUAAUUCUACAAGCAAAUGAAAGCUUUACACUACAACCGUAUGGUCCACCAAACCCUCCUACAGGCGUUAGGGUGGCCGUUUCCUCCUCCCAGUCGGCAGAGUUACGGUGGGUCGCAGAUAUGGGAGUAAAUCAACAUUAUGUGAGCGCAUACCACGUUUUAAAUCGACAGGUAUUUCAUUACAAUUCACCGGAAUCAGAAAUUAAUGGAACUUAUUACCAGAAACUAGAGGACCUUGAGGAAGGUACAGAGUACGAAGCGUUUGUCUUUGCUCGGAAUGACGCCGGUGAUAGCAAGAAAGUGUUUGUAAAAUUCAAAACUUCAGAACAGCAGUUCUUUGAGAGUCUAGCCUACAAGUACACCGUUUUUAGUCUGUCGAUUUUCGUAGCGUUUUCUCUGGUAGUCCUUCUGACGGUUGCCAUUUUAAGAACAGUUCAAAGAAGCCCGAGCAUAUGUAUGGAGAAAAUGCCAGAAACUUUUGAAAUGGACCGAGUUCUUGAAAAGAGAAAGGUUUCAGAAAAUACCGAAGUGAAACAGGAAAAAUGCUUUGAAAAUCAUCCAGACGAUGAAUGCUCUGAAAAACCUCCAGUCAAAUCUCAACAUAGUACAACUGGCGGAGAUCCACAGGCUCAAUCGCUUUACGAAGACAUAACCGAGGAUGUGACCAUCAAAAAUAUACCCAAAAUGCCAACCAAAUCUAACAGCAUUAAAAAGAUUCACAGUGAACCUAUACUCUCAAAAAACAAAAAGCAUACCGACAAGACGGUGGCUAAAAGGAGGGAUCCACCCGCCGAACCAAACGAUGCCCCGAUGGAAUAUUCAAGUCUGAGAGCAAAGUCAGUAGGGCCUGCUCUGUACGAGGAGAUGACAAUAGACCGGCCAAGUGGAGGGAAGGCCAAGGUGAUUAUAAAAGAUUCAGAUGUCUACGCAAAUACCAUUCUCAGUGAAGAAUUCGAAGAAGAUGAGCGACUUUAAGUCCAGAUGUCAAAUCCCUAGCCUUCGAUAUCAUCUAAGACAUAAUAGGAUACAGGAGAGCAGCCACCAUACACUUGUGUCGAACUAUUCUACAUCAAUAUUUAAUCAUCAUAUUCUGAGAUCAAACCAUUGAUAUUAAGCCAGUUUACGUUGGAAUAUAACAUGCUUUCAUUGAAUAUGUACAUAUCAAUUUUCACAUGAUGACACUACCUAUCAAACAUUGAAAUUAAAUCAUGGCUCAUUGAGUUCCAAACCAUUUCUAGCAUAGUAGCGUCUUGUAUUUACAUACUUGAGGUUUAAAAAAUUCAUUUAUAAAUAAUAUUUUCUACUAUAAUUACAUGUAUAUAGUAUAUACUACAAAAUCAUUUACAUUCAAAAUUAUUUUUUAGAGUCAAGUGCAUGUGAUACACAUUUUAUUUUCAUACUAGUGAAGUAUAUUUUAACGUAAAUUAGUUGAAUUGUUUGGUUGAAAAACAUUGGUUAAAAAAUGAUUAAUAAUACGUAACCGCACUCUAUGGGUCUUGAAAACAGCAAAGUGCAAUAUCAUAUGAUAGAGAACGGGUAAUAUGACUAAAAAUGGUGUAUAUAGUAUAUGCAACCAAUAUGUUUUCUUGUUUGAAAUGCGUUAUUGUCACUUGACAAGAACAAUCGUGAAUCACAGUGAUGCUAUUGUGCUUUCUAAUGUCAUGCAAAGUUUAAGGAAGAAAAUAGUCUCGUUAUUGCGACAAGAUAUUCUAUCUUAAAAUUUCGAGAUAAGAAAACAAUUAUAAAGAUCUUAUACUAGAAGCAUAUAAGUGUUAUUCCACUCUCCAAUGAAAUGUAUAGCGUUUUUUCUCAUUAUGCUAACCUGCAAGUUGCCUAACUGAAAUGAAACUUUGAGUAACUUGGAUAUUGUCGAAAAAGUUGAAUAGGAUAUUCCUACUCUGAAAUAUUUUUGAUUUUAAAUACGAAUAAAUUUUAUGUAAAAUAAACAGGGUUAGCUAGGGUAAGGAUUGUUUUUCAGCAACAUCUAUAAUUUAAAAUAUCCAUUCUACGAGGCCUUGGUUUUGUUAUACUCGUGUUAUCCUCAAUGACUCUGGGCCAUGUUUGUAUUUUAACUAGCUUUUUAUUGUAUUUAUUUCAUAUUUUGAAUAUAAAGUGAUAUCAAUAUUUGUCAAAGCUAAUUCACUAACAAAACUACUUGUUUUAGAUGUGUAUUCUUCACUGCAGGUUUUUAAGAGCUAUAUCAAAGAUAAUAAAGAGGAAAAAU